AUGCCAGAAACCCAUCGAUCGGCAUUAUCUCUGCCAACAGGAUAUUCCAAGCCCAAGGACAAUAAAUGGAAGAAACUUUAUGAAAAAAUUCCUCAUCAUCAAUCCAGCAGUGGGCAUAAAAUGUGUUAUGUAGAAUGGAGACGAUUAGAAGAAAAUCUCAGAGAUAAUACAACUAUCAAUUUUUUAUUAAAUGAUAAUAUAAAGACAGAAGUGGAAAGAUGGAGGCAAAUACUUCGUAGAGUGUUAGAUGUUAUCUUGUUUUUGGGUGAAAGAGGUCUUGCAUUUAGAGGCGAUAGUCAUCUAAUUGGUGAACCCAAAAAUGGGAAUUUUUUGGGAAUUAUGGAACUCAUUGGUCAUUACGAUUCCAUUCUACAUGAUCAUCUCGAAAAAGUAAAAGCUUCUCAACAGAGCCAUAAGCGAAUGCAAGCACAUUAUUUGUCAAAUGAUAUCCAGAAUGAGUUUAUUCAGUGCUGUGCAGAUAAAGUCACAGAUGUGAUAUUAGAUGAGAUGGAGAAAUGCAAAUAUUUUUCAAUGAUUGUGGAUGCAACGCCUGAUACAGCUAAUAUUGAGCAAAAUGUUUUUAUUUUAAGAUACGACUUACAGGACAAAUUGACAGGAAAAGAUGAGGUAAAAGAGAGAUUUCUGGAAUUUGUAGAUUGCAAUAAAAAAACUGGUGAAGAUAUUGCAAAUACAAUUACUUCUACUCUUCAGAAACAUAAAAUACCACUGAUGUGCUGUCGUGGACAAGGAUACGACAAUGGGAGUAAUAUGAAAGAUUCAGUCAAGGGAGCACAAGCUCGAAUGUUGUCCUUAAGUGAUAACUUUCUUUGGGAUAGUGCAAAAACUGUAUAA